CUCCCCCUCCCACGCUGCCCCCGCUCCCCGACUCUCUCUGCCCGGAUUGGCUCGGGGCUGGCAGCUGCGGGCGCAGAGCUGAGCAGAGACAGACAAAGGGAGAAGUUGGCAGAGGGGUGUGGGCUGCGGAGGAAGUGAAAGCACAUUGGGAUCCUGGGCCCCUCGUCCCACUGCCCUGACGCCCACCAGAGCCCGGAUCUCCCUUUUCCUGCCAGGAUGCUGCCCCCUCUGCUGCUCCUCCCCUGGGUAUGGGGGGCCCUGGCCGCUUCCCCUCCUGUCCCGCCAGCGUCUGUCACCCUCCGGGUGCUCCACAUCGAUGUCUUCCACAACGCCAGCUCCACGGACAUAUGGGGGACGGCCCUGCUGGGCGACCUGGAGACCAACUCCGUGGGCUGCAGCACCUGCAAGAUCCGCUUCCUGCAGCCCUGGGUCGAGCGGAGCCUGACCCCGAAGGAGUGGCAGGACCUGGAGCUGCUGGUCCAUCGCUCCCUGUUCAGUUUCAACCGGACUGUGAACAGGAUAGUUCAGCAGCAGGGAAUGGGCUAUCCCUUUGUUACCCAGGGCUCCCUCGGCUGCGAGCUCCACCCCAACGGCACCUCGAGGGGAUUCUAUGAUGGCGGAUUGAACGGCGAGAAAUUCAUCAGCUUCGACGUGGAGGCAGGCAAAUGGGUCGCUCGCCGGCAGGACAAAUUGACGAUCUAUAUCCUGGACCUUCUCAACCUGGAUAAGGUUGCAACCAUCGCACUUCAGUUUCUCCUGAGAAUGACGUGUGUCAAUACGCUCAAGAGCUCUGUCCAGCAUGGGAAAGAGUCUCUGGCGAGGCAAGAGAAGCCGGUCGCCGUGGUGUUUGCCCGAGCGCCUCCCCCAGCCGGGACCCCCGCGCCGGUACUGCUGGUUUGCCGGGUCACCGGUUUCUACCCCCGGCCCGUCCGCGUGGCCUGGCUGCAGGACGGGGAGGAGGUGGCGCCGGGCGGGCGGCUGAACUCCAGUGGGAUCCUGCCCAACGCGGACCUGACCUACCAGCUGCGCAGCUCCCUGGCCGUGGAGCCGGGCGCCAGGCACAGCUACGCCUGCCGGGUGCAGCACAGCAGCCUGGGGGGCCAGAGCCUGCUGAUCCCCUGGGAGCAGAGCAGGCCCUGGGGCCCCGGCCUGGCCGUGGGCAUCACGCUGGGGGUUCUGGCCGUAGCCGCCGUGGCCGUGGUGCUGAGGCGGAGCAGACGCAGGGGCUGUCAGGACGUUAGACCAGGGGAGCCCAGGCCCUGAGGGGGCAGCGCCGGCCCGGGCGUGGGGAUCGGCCCCUCCCUGGGGACAUGGACCUUGGGGCUGGAUCAAAGUUGUGAUAACCUGUGUCUGAACUGUUUCAUGGAUAAAUUACCCUGUGCUAAUUGCCAGGAUGGUUGGGAGAAGGAGUUAAG